AUGAAUAGAAUUAAAGAUGGCAUUUUUAGCUUUAUUGGAGGAUUAGCUGGAAUUUUGCCUUCAUUUAAUCCAAUAGUAGAAACACUUGUUAAAAACAUAGUUUAGAAAUAUCUUGGUCAGUAUGUAGAUAUCAAAUAGUUUCAAUUGAAAUCAAUUUAAGACAUUUCUCUUGAAAAUGUUAAUCUUAAAAUUGAAGAAAUCAAUUCAAAGAUUUUGUAUAAGUCUCCAUUUAUAAUGACUUAUGGUUAGAUCGGAAAAAUGAAAAUUUAAAUUCCCAUCCAAGAUUUGCUAACAAAGUAAAGUAAAGCUGAAAUUAAUUAAGUAGAAAUUCAUUUGAGACCUAAUGGAAAAAAUAUUUCUCACAAUUAUUUCAGAAAGCAAGAAAACAAAGAAAAAUCUGAUACAUAAAAGCUGUAGGAAAAUGAGGAUUAUGAUCCAAAUAAAGUUAAUGAAUUAAAAAAUAUUCUACUUAAAGUAGCUUUAACUAGUAAAGUUAGUGUGAAAGAUUUAGUGGUAAAAAUAUUUCUCUAAUCAACAAUGAGCAGCAAUUCUUCAGAAGAAGUCUACUUUAUGUUAAGAAUAUCUGAAAUUACAAGCAAUGAAGAAAGCAAAAAAAAUUGUCUAGACAAUAGUUAAGUUAAAUUUGAUUUUAUGGAAUAAUCAUAAAUUAGCAUGACUAUGGUUGGUAAUCCUCCAAAUUUAAAUCAUAAUCCAAGCUCUGUAGACUCUGUUCCAUCAUUUAAUCUUAAAGUAUCAAAUAUCAAUUUAUUUAUAUUAAAAGAUUCCAGUCUUAACCCUCAAGAAUUUUACAAUCUUUAAGCAAAAGCGCAUCAUUAAGAUGAUUUUAAAAGCAAUAGUAGCAGCAGCAAUGUAAAAUAAUUAUAAAAAGAAAUGAAAUUUCCUUACCAAUAUCCACCUCAUAAUCAUCCAACAAAUAUAUUGUAUGUGCCAAAUAUUUUUUUAGAUGCUGUUUAUAAUUAGAGAGAAAAUGAUAUUUAAUUAACGACUGAAUUAAAUUCAUUUGAAAUAAUGAUUGAACCUUACUAAUUAAAGGUUAUUUGGAAAAUAAUUGAAAUUAUAGAAUGCUGGUAAAAAUAAAUUAAAUGUCUUCAAUUACUUUUGAUCACAAAAGACGAAAAAAUUAAAGAAAUUAUUAUCGAAAAUAAUAAAAAUUGGACUAACGAGUAAGAGAGUUAAAUAAAAAAUAAUGAAAUUAAUUAAAACAAUUUAAUUGAAGAGAGUUUUGUGGAAGAUUUACUUUAAAAGACUGUUGUUGAAAUGGAGAAGUCUCAUCAAAGAGAUAGCAAGUAGCUUUUUAACUUUUAAAAUAGUUAGCAAGAGAAACCUAGUAAUCAGUCUUUUUUUAACUAAUCUAUACUAGUUUAAAAUAAUUAAUUACCUCACUUUGGUCUAAAUAGAAAAUAAGCAGAGUUAGAAAAUUCUGAUUUCGAGUCAAGUGUUAUCUUUAAUAAAAGUUAGCUGGGUAAGAUAAUUGAAGUUAAUGUUGAAUAAAAAUCUAAUGCAAAUACUAUUUCAGUUAAGUUUUUGCUUAGCAAAUGUUGCAUUUACGUUUUAAAGGGUAGUGAAAGAAAAAUAGAUUAAAAUACUUCAAUUGAGUAUUCGAGAGAGUGGAAAUACUCUAAAAAAAGAUCAUUAAUUUCUUAACUUUAAUAAAAUGAAUAAGAAAAUUUAGAUAAUUAAAAUAUUUUUGGCAACAACACUUUCAAUUAAGUUAAAAAACCUGUAAAUAUGCAUAUUCCAUGCAGUUAUUACAUGUUAAAGAUUGCUAAUUUGGAAUUUAACUUUUAAAAAGAUAAUUAUGUCAAAAAAUUUGAUGCAGAUAUGAGAUCUUUCGAGCUUAUGGAUGUUUUGUUGAUCAAUCAUGACCCUAAAUAAAGUCAUCACAGAUUUUAGCACUUUAAAUUUCACCAUUAGAAACAAUAAUAUUAAAAAUAAAAUAGUCAAAUAAAAGAUGGCCUUUAGGAUAAAAUUUCUUCAACUUUCUGGAAAAGCUAAUAAAAAGAUCUUGAAUUUCAAGACGAACGAAAGACAGAAAGCAAUUAUCUGAUUAAAUAUUAAAUAGAUAAGCAGUCUCAUUAUUGCGUUAAUUACAUAAUUUACUAUAACUGCAAAUAAAAUAGAUAAAAGAAAGAGAAAAUUAGCAAAAGCGAAGAUUUAAAAAUACAUAGCAUAAUUAAUGAUUUCUGGAACACUGAGAAAAAAGAGAGGAAAGAGAGAUGUAAAAAUAUUCAAAAUGCUAAAAAAAGAGAAGAGGAAAGUUUAUACGAAUUUAAUAUGAGAUAAUUUUACCCUAAUAGCUAUAACAAGCUCAUAGGUAAAUCUGAGGAUGAAAGCUCUCAAAAUAUGCUGUAGAAAGGAAGUAAUAACACCUCUCAGCAUAAGUUUUUUACGAUGACUUAAAAAAUUAGAAGCAUUCCUAUGAAUUAAAAAAGUAAUUUAAAGGAAAAACAAGAAGAGGAGAUUUAAUCUGAUGAAUUAUGUGCUAAUUUUUUUUUGGAUAAAUUGUUUAUUAACUUAGAUAUGAAGAUUAUGCAUGACGUAGCAUUGAUAUAGUGUCCGUUAUCAAAAUAUGCUCAUUAUCAUGAAAAAAUAUGCUAAGAUUUAGAUUAGAAAAUUCCUAAAUAUGAAAUACCAAGAGAAAUAAAAAAGCUUCUUAAAUCUUUAAAUAAAAAUGUCCUAGAAUUUGAUAUUAAAUUGAAUUUAAUCAGUUGUAAUUUGCUAACAUAUGGGUUUAAAAAUUUUUAUAUUUCAUCUUCUGAAGUUGAUAAUAUUUAUAGCAAUUAUGCAAAAUGGGGAUGUUUAUGCGAAGUCACUGAUUAGCAACAAAUUUGUAAAAAGUCAAAUUGUUUUGAAGAAUUAAAAAACUAAAGAGGCAGCUAUAAACCUCACUAUCUAAAUAUUACAUGGGUUAAUCCAGAAAUUCUUUUUGUCCAGAAAAAAGAUGUCAACAUUAAUUUUAACGAAAUAAACAUUUUCUCAGUAAACUUUCAAACUGAAGAGUUUCAUAAAAUCAUCCACAUUGGAAGAAAUUUUGUGUUAACUUAGCAGAACAUGGAGAAUCAUUUUGAGCUUACCUAUCCAUCUAUUUUAAAGUACAGAGUAUAAAGAGAAGGAUAAAAAGAAGUCCUUGAAACGUUAUCAUAAUAAAUUAUUGAAACAAGUGAAGUAGAAAAGAAAUUAGAUGUUUAAAAUUUAAAAAAAUAGCAAUAAUAAUAAAGUGGUGGUGAAAGAUAAAAUGAGAAAGAAGAAAAAAAAUCUCAAAAAAAAAGUGAAAUAUUUCACUAAAAUAAGGGUAAUAAGAAUUAGUAUGACGACAGAUUUUAUCAUGAUAAUGAGCAAAACCCUGAUUUAAAUAAGGUAAAAGUUGGCUUGAAUAUUGGUAUUCCUAUAUUAGAACUAUAUAUUUAAGAUGAAGACUUAAAUACUAUUGGAGAUAUUGUAUUUUCUUUACUAACUUUUAUGAAUUUAAUUGAUCAAUUUAAGUACAAAUCGGCCAUUUAUAAAAGUUUUUUUGAAAAUCUUCAAUAAAAAGCAAUUUUAUAAAGCGAUAAUAUUUUAAUAAGAAUAAUAUGUUCAGAAGUAAAUAUCCAUUACCAAAAAUAAGAUUUACAAGCUGAAUAAAAUCCUUUGAAUCAAUCUAAAUCUUAAAUUAGCUAGCGUUUUAGAUUGCCAAAGGAUUACUGCUUGCAAUAGACUCUCAUAUUUCAUAUGAAAGAUUUGGGAUUAGAAGUUCUUUUUAAUAAGGAAAUAAAAAAAGAGGAUGAUAUUAAGAAUUUUAAGUUAGCUAUGAAGAUAUCUAUAGGUAUCAACACUUUAAUGGUAAUAGACAACUCGCUCUCUAAUUUAAUAAGCUAAAGCUCUAAUUCAAAUAUGGAUUCACUCCAAAACGAGUCAAAUAUUAUCGAAAAUUUCCCAAAAAAUAUCCAUCUGUUUAGAAUUUAAAGUGUAUUUUUGGGUAUUAUAAAGCAGGAAAAUAUUUUAAUAUAUAAAAUGAAUCUCUCAUAAUAAUCUUAAAAUAGCUAUCAGGAAUUGUAUAAUUUGAUGGCAAGCAGAUAAGACGAUGAGUUUGAAAAUGAUAAUUCAACUAAAAACAACAAUCAAAGUAAUAAAUCCAAUUUAAAAGCCAAAAAAAUGAUACUAGCUAUAAAGAUUUUGCAAUAGAGAAUAAAUUCUUUAGAUAAUUAGCUUAGUUUGCAAAUGAUAUUUAAGAAGAAGCAGCAUGAAAAACCAUUUAGAGAAGCAAAAUCUAAAUAAUAACUUGAUUUUAGAGGAUUGUGUUUAAACUAAAGUGUUAUUUCGCUUUUACCUUUAAGCUAAUCUAAACUGGUUCUUCACUUCUUUGAAAGUAUUCAAAAAUUUAUGCUUAAUGAUAAAAUAAAUAGUGAUAUAAUGGUGAAGAAUGAAUUCAAGGAAUAUGUCUUUAGAGAUUUCAUACUUUUUAGAGAUGUCAAGAUUGAUAUAUUCCCUACUCCUUCAUGCCAACUUUAUAGUAAUUUUGGGUAACUUCUUACUAAUGAAGUGCUUGAAUUUAUAAGCCAAAAUAAUAAUUUCAAUCUAAGUGAUAGAUUUAUGUCCAAUUACAGAGCUGUGCUGAGUAUUGAAAAACUGCAUAUUUAAAAAUUCUAGAGACGAGAAUAGCGAAACUGCUCAAAAUAAAUUCAAAUAAACUAAAAGGAUUAUGAUAAUGAAGAAUAAUUUUAUGAGAAAGUAGAAGAAAAAAUAAAAUAAUAAAAUAAAGUUGAAAAAUUAUUAGAUGUUUUAGACCUAAAAAUCAGUAAAAUUCAACUAGAUUUUCUUUAUCAGAAAGAUUUCAAUACAUCAAUUGAUCCUUUCAUGAUAGAUUUUAUGUUUACAAAUAAUUCAGAUUAAGCUAUUCAAUCGAUGGGAUUUUCUAAAAUUGGUAUUAUAUUUGAUUUAGAAUUGAAUAAGCUGAAUACUGAAAUUUUGUAGCUCAAAGUAGAUGGUAUUUAAUUAGGAUUCUUUUCAGAUACUCUAGCAAAGCUUCCUUAUUUUAUAGAUGUCCUCAUUUUUUCUUUAAAAUAUAAUCAAGAGCAAAAUAAAUAUAUUUUAGAAGCAAUCGAUUAGGCAAAAGCUGCAAUUGACUAAAAAGAUCUAGAAGUAUAAAUGGCUAUUUAUAAAACUAAGAUUUAAAAUAUUUAUAAAAAUAAUAAUUAUCAUCCAUUUUAUCCUUCAGAUGGCAUUGAAGUCUCAUCACAAUUGAAUAAAAGUGUUUUCUAAAUGAAUUUUUAAAAUGAAGGAAGGAGUAAUCUUCUUGAAUAGCCAGUUAAAGAGGUGGAAUAAGAAAAUGAUGAAAACGAAGAAGAACAGAAAAAAGGUUAUCACAAAUUGGAGAUGAGCAAUUCUUCUUAGUUUGAAUAAUUUGAUGAGUCGUUUGAAAAAAUUGAUGGAGAUGAAUAUGUUAUAGAUGAAAAAAGUUUGAAAGAAAAUAAUAGAAUUAUAAUAGACAUUUAAUUUGUUAAAAUAUUUUUGCAAGAAGGCCUUGGCUUUGAUUUCACUUCUGUUAAUUCUAAUUAUAAUGCUAACAAAUAAAUGUUUUUAUCAAAUUAAAUACAGGCAAGCAAUAAAUAGCAAAGUUAAGAUUAAAAUAUUUAAUAAAAAAUCAAAGAUUAAAUGGAAAGUGAUAGAAAUUUAAUAUCAUUCAAAAAUAAACAAGAAAAAGAUGAAGAAAAAUCAAUGAAUUCUAUUGAUGCUGACUCUAACUAAAACUAGAUCAAAUAAUUAAAUUUAUAGAAUUAAAUUAAAGAAAAUGAGUAAGAAGCAUAGCAACAAAAUUAAAAUUAAUGGCUAAAAGAAAGAGUAAUAAACAACUAUUUAGAAAAAUAAUAAACUUAAACUGUUUCAGACUAAAAUAUUCUUAUUGUAAGGGAAAAAGCAGGAAAAAAAUCAGCCGAAAGCUUACUUUUUAAGAUAGAAAAUAUAUUUUUUUAAAUAAAAUCUUUUGAAAAAAAUGAUUAAAAUAUAGAGAAACAUGUUAGAGUAGAUAUUAAUAAAAUUAUAGCAGAGAACGGAUUUUAAAAAUAUAUUUGUUUGUCCACUGAAAAAUAAAAAGAUUCUUUGCUAGAGUAAUUCCUUCACUUAUCUUUCUAUAUCUAAAUAUAAGAAAAGACAAUAGUCAAUAAUGUAUUAAAAGCUGACAACAGAAAUGCAAAUGUUGAUAACUAAGCAUAGUAGAAAAUAAAAUUAAUAAACAACACCAUCAAAUAAAUAGAUCUUUAAAUGCAUUAAAUCAUAAAAAUAAGUCUAUCUUCUCAAAUUGCAGAAAUGCUUAAGUAAUUUUUCAAAAAAUAAAGUUAAAAAGAAAAAAAAGAAACAAAAAAAAUUUUAGAAGAUAAAUUUUAAAAAAUAUUAAACAAACACUCUAUGAGAUAAUUUUCAUUCAAUGCAAAUUAUAGAAAUGUCCAAUUAAUCAAAGAUUUAAUGCAAGAAAAUUAACAAGAAAAUUUUAGAAUAGAAAAAAUAACAUCAAUUGACGAUUUAUUUAUCCCUGAAAUUAACAUCUUUAUUAGCAACAAAAGAGAAGGAUUCGAUUUCUCAAGACUAGCUAAAGAAAAUGGAUAUUUUUAGAUAAUAAAUAUUGGAGAAUUCCAUGAAAUACAAGUUACUUUAGUUUAAGUGACUAUUUAUGAUAAGAAUAUAGACGCAGUGGGUAAAGUUAUUAUUGAUUAGUGGAUGUAAGAGAUUAAAGGAAAUCAAAAAUGGCAAGUUGCAUCUUAGUUACCCUUAAUUAAAAAUAUAGUAAACAUUGGUGAGGGAAUAUUUGAUUUAUUUUACUUGCCAUAUUCAUAUUAUUAGCAAGGAAUGAGUGUUUUAGAUGGGACAUAUUAAGGUGUUAAAAAAUUUGUUACUAACACGACAUAAGAAAGUAUAAAUCUGACAUCGGCUGUGUUCUCCUCACUAAGCUCAUUGAUUAUGAAGAAUGCUAAAGGUGCAUCAAGUGUAAUUAGUAAAGCUAAAAACUAUUUUUCUGAAAGUAGUGAUAAAAACAAUUAAAACAAUUUUUGA